AUGGUAGCUGAAGCUUGGUUGAAGCAAAUACAAAAAAUAUUCACAGCUAUGGGGUGUAGUGAUAAUCAAAAGGUUGUCGUUGCUACAUUUAUGCUUCAAGCCCCUAUUACUUGGAGUAGGUUUGAAGAGGUUUUCAAUGAGAAAUACUUUCCUGAUCAUGUGCGCUUUAAGAUGGAGGCUGAUUUUCUUAGUCUAAUUCAAGGUGACAAAUCUAUGGCUGAGUAUGAAGAAAAGUUUACUACUCUAUCUCGUUUUGCAGCAGGACUUAUAAAGGAUAAAGGUAGUCAUUGUCGACGUUUCUUUGAGGGUUUAAGACCAGCUAUCAAGAGUCGAUUGUCUAUUCUAAAGUUGAAUACUUAUGCUGAUAUGGUUGGGUGGGCAAUAAUAGCAGAGAGAUAUUUAGCUGAGUCUCAGAAUGCUCAAGACAAACGGAGUAAGCAGUUUAAGCCUGGUGGUAAUCGCAGUGGUGGUUCAAGCAAGCAAAUUGGUUCUUUUCAACCUCGAAUUUUAGGUGGUUCAUCUCAAAAGCCUAUGGGAAGGGGAUCUCUUCAGAAUAAUGUAGCAUCACUUUGUAGUUUUUGUGGUAGGGCACAUUCUGAAGAAUGUCACAAAAAGACUGGAGCUUGUUUUAACUGUGGACAGAUAGGGCAUUUAGUCAUAGACUGCCCAAAGAAGCGUGGUGUUUUUAGCACUCAAAAUGUUGAAGGUCAAAACAAGAAGCCAAAGACUCAAGGAUGA